UCGUGAUGUAGUGGGUGGGUUUAUGGCUUGCCCACAGCACGACGCGCGCGCGACUCAUCAGUACUCGCUGUACUCAGGCUGCAUUAAUGCUCUCACACACUCUCUCACACACUCACACACUCUCACACACAUUAACACACUCACACACACUCUCUCACACACUCUCUCACACAUUAACACACUCUCUCAUUCUCUCACACACUCUCUCACACACUCCUCAGUCCGGGAGAAUCUCAGCCUGUUCUCUCUGAUCAUGGAUCUGCUCACCUGUACGCUCCUGUGGAUCUCUGCCCUCCUGUCCGGUCCUUCCGGUGCGCGCGCGUUCAUGCUGCCGGACAUCAGCGAGCCCGAGUUCAUCCGCAGGUGCGUGCAGGCGCAUAACGUGCACCGCUCACGAGCUCAGCCGCCCGCCGCCAACAUGCGCUCCAUGUCCUGGGAUGAUUCACUGGCGAGAGGUGCUCGGUCCUGGGCGAGACAUUGCAGGGCAUCCCAUAAUCCUGUGCUGAAGCAGGAGGGCAAGGCCCACCCGGCGUUCCGGCAUGUCGGAGAGAACAUCUGGCUCGGAGCUCCGUACUCAGCCUUUACAGUCGAGUCAGCAGUCAACAGCUGGAACAAAGAGGGUGCUGAUUACACACUUGCAAACAACAGCUGUGCCAGACUGUGUGGACAUUAUACACAGUUGAUGUGGGCGACGAGUUAUAAAGUCGGCUGUGCCGUCCACGUCUGUUCCAGAGGAAUUGAAAACUUCUCCAAACAUCCCGAGUCGACCAUUUUUGUGUGUAACUAUGGUGACGCUGGGAACGUGUUCGGGUUCACGCCGUAUAUCGUGGGUCUGGCCUGCAGCAAGUGCGGCAUGGAGAAAUGCAGGGACAAGCUUUGCACUGAUCCAAACCGAGACCAAGUUAAAAGAUAUGACUGGGUGCCGGGGUGGGAUCUCGGCCCCAGCGGUUCGGCUCAGGCGAUCUCUGAUUGGCUGAACGGCUCUAAACUGCAGCUCCUGGCUGGAUCGUUCUGGCUUCUUUACUUUUAUGCAAUGCACUGAAAUCACUCAAUAAACCGAAUUCCAUUUUAAUCAAGACUUAGAUCAAUGCGAUUAUUAUUAUUAUUAUUAUUAUUAUUAUUAUUAUUUCGAACCGUAACAGAGAGCUGACGUGGCGUAAAUCCCUGCUGUGUAGGACUGGUGCUACCCUGCAUCAUAUUCACAUAUACUGUCAUAUCAUUAUGAUAUUCUUAUAAAUAAUCUUUUCACCUUUCAUAUGAAUACAUUUAAAAAAAAAUAAACACAACUCCGUAUAUUUCCUGA